AAAGAGUUGUAAGACAAUACCAUGUGAUGUGAUGAUAUCACUACCCCACUUCAUUAGCCUAACUGACUCUAUCAACCACUCAUUCAAACCAACACAAGAUAUCCUUAUUCUACUUGUUUCAAAUAUAAAUAAGCAUAACACUGCAAGCUAAACCACAUCAAGCAUAGCCAAAGCUUUUCUACUUCCUUUUUCUUCUCUCCAUUCUUUAUUCUCAACUAUUUUUGUUCUUUCUCUACAUUCAUCCAUCACUAUGGGGUUCCGUGUGCCAAGCAUAGUUCCAGCGAAGAAAUUGCUUCGACGAUCUUUCUCCAAUAAUUCAAACAAAGAAGCCUCAAUGGCAGUAGAUGUUCCUAAAGGACAUUUGGCAGUUUAUGUUGGCGAGAAUGAAAAGAAGCGGUUUGUUGUUCCUGUCUCAUUCUUGAGCCAACCUUUGUUUCAAGAGUUGCUUAUUCAAGCUGAAGAAGAAUAUGGAUACGAUCAUCCAAUGGGAGGCCUAACAAUUCCAUGCACACAACAUGUGUUUGUCGAUGUCAUCUCCAAUCUGAAUGCUUCAUGAGACUCAACAAAAUUAGGCACAUUCAUUGCAACAUUUUUGUAAAGUGAAGAAUGUCCAUACAAUAUAGAACAUUUUUUCAUUUUAGAUUUUUUUUAUUCUCUUUUUCUUGAGGAGUUAAUUAUGGCUCCCAGAAUUAAUGAGGAUGUUAUGGAACAUGAUUACAGAAUACUACAAACAAUGAAUUUUCUAUUUCUUUCAA